AUAUAUGAAUGUAAAUAGACAACAAACAACACGAUGAAAUGUCACGUACCAGGGCCAAAUGUGAAAGUUUUAGGGAGGACUGUUCACGCUUUAGCAAGAUUUGGAGACGAACUCUACCUUGAAUCGCUUGCGGACUGUGUGAUGCUAAGGACACUAAACGCAGCUGAAUCCGCUUACGCUGUUGUGAAGUUUAACAAAAACUUCUUUUCUUAUUUUAACUACAAUUACUAUUCUACUGAAGAUAAUGAAGGAUUAAAGUGUAAAAUCUCAAUGAAAUCUGCCUUACAUACGUUCAAAUCCCCAACUCAUAUGGACAAGCAAGUAGAGAAUUUAGAGAUUAAACUGGACCCGGAGUCUUGUAAGCUGAUUUUUCAGCUGAGAUGCAAGCAUGGGAUUGUCAAGACACAUUUUGUCUCAAUAUUAGACUGUAAGGCAAUGCAAGCUGUGUACACUAAGGAUUUGGUUCCAAAUAGAAUCACAUCUCCACAGAAAAUACUCUCUGAAGCGUUAAGUAACUUCCAGAAUUCAGAUGACCAGGUAACUCUAGAAGUAACUCCACAGAACAUGCUUCUCCGUAAUUAUAUAGACACUGUUGGCGACCUUACCAAAGUUAUUCGAACACAAGUGAUGUUGAAACCCGCAGAAUUUGAUAGUUACAUCAUAGGUGCAGACACAAUGAUCACAUUUACUUUAAAAGAAUUUAAAGCAUUGCUAGCAUUUGCUGAAGCUUUAAGUCUACCAAUCCAAAUACAUUUUGAAACUACUGGCCGCCCAGUGGUAUUCAUUGUCCAUAAUGCUUCUACAUUUGAGGCACAUUUCGUUCUUGCUACCUCCAAGGCUGACAGUGGCUCUCAAACUACCACUCAGAACACCACACGCACCGAGAGGACCAAGAGAAAAGACGUGAACACGAGUCACGGAUCAGCGAGAAAAAAACCUAAUUUAACUAAAUCUAAUACUGACAUAUCCAAAUGUUUAGAGGAAGACUCACAUCUUUUCAAUUUUAUUGACAUUCCUGAAGAGCACGCAGAGGUGAAUGCUGAAGCUGCAGCCAAAGAGAACAGUAUAAUAAAUAACAACCAGCUAGAUAAUAUGGACUGUGAUGUUAUUCCACCCUCGCCUACAGCAGUAGCAUUUGUGCGGAAAGUGUUCAAAAGGUGUUUUGAACAAACUAUAGAUAUUACUUCCUUACAAGGCACCGUAUUGGCUGAGGACUCGGAUCCUGAGUUGUGACUGUGAUUUAUCUGUUUAAGUUAUUGUAAACCCAUAUUAAAUUAUCUAUAUUUAAA